GCUGCCGUCUGUGCCCGCCGUCCGUGUCUCCAGCGGUCUCCCUCCGUCCUCCGCCUCCCGGUUCCUCUCACGGCUCGGAUAAUUUCUAAACGACACCCAGGGCGGCGGAGAAUCCUGACCGGAGCUCUCUCUCGUCGCAGCCUCCGUUCUCUCCCCCCCCGCCGCUCGCUCCAUGUCCCCGGCUCCGGACCGAGCCCGCAGCCCGCCGAGGAGCUGAUGCUGCCGGCUGGAGGAGCUAACCUCCGUCCGCAGAGACAGAAAGCAGAGACGCUUUCCCUGGAGGAGCAGCAGCUGUUGCCGUGCGGCGGAUGUCUCGCCGCCUCCCCGUGAGACCGGAGGCCAGCGGGCGUCGGGAGGCGGGUCCUCGCCGCCAGCAGUGAUGCGGGCUUCGGUGGCGGGCUGCAGGAUGAGCGUGGGCGCGCUCCUCAACGGCCUCCUGGUCUCCGUGGUGGCGGCCCUGCUCUGGAAGUACUCUAAGCUGAGCGAGCACGCCGCCCUGCUGGAGGAGGAGCUGCACAUGACGCAGCAGUCCCAGGAGGUCUCGCAGGCCCGCAUCGACUACCACGUGGCCCUUCAGGCGCUCCAGGAGCACGGCACCCGCAUGGUCUGCACCGGCAAGAUGCACACCGACCGCAUCUGCCGCUUCGACUACCUCUGCUACUGCUCGGAGGCGGAGGAGUUCGUGUUCUUCCACUCCAACUCCUCCGUCAUGCUGCCGAACCUGGGGUCCCGGCGCUUCCAGCCGGCCCUGCUGGACCUGUCCUCCGUGGAAGAUCACAACACUCAGUACUUCAACUUUCUGGAGCUCCCCGCCGCCGCCCUGAAGUUCAUGCCCAAGCCCGUGUUCGUGCCCGACGUGACUCUGAUCCUGAACCGAUUCAAUCCCAACAACCUCAUGCACGUGUUCCACGACGACCUGCUGCCGGCCUACUACACCAUGAAGCAGUACCUGGACCUGGACGACGAGGCGCGCCUGGUCUUCAUGGAGGGCUGGAGCGAGGGGCCGCACUUCGAUCUGUACCGCCUGCUCAGCAACAAGCAGCCGCUGCUCAAAGAGCAGCUGAGGAACUUUGGCAAACUCAUGUGUUUCACCAAAUCCUACGUGGGCCUGUCCAAAAUGACCACCUGGUACCAGUACGGGUUUGUCCAGCCCCAGGGACCCAAAGCCAACAUCCUGGUCUCAGGAAAUGAGAUCCGGCAGUUCGCCAGGGCUCUGAUGGAGAAAAUGAACAUCACAAGACCGGAGGAAGCGGACAGGGACGGAGGAAGUGUAGAAGAAGAGACGGAUAAGAAAGACCAGUACAUCGUGGUGUUCAGUCGCUCCACUACCAGGCUCAUCCUGAACGAAGCCGAGUUGAUCAUGGCGUUGGUUCAGGAGCUCCAGAUGAAAGUGGUCACCGUGUCUCUAGAAGACCAGUCUUUCUCCAGCAUCGUCCAGGUGAUCAGUGGCGCCGCCAUGCUCGUCAGCAUGCACGGCGCUCAGCUGAUCACCUCCCUCUUCCUGCCCAGAGGAGCCGCCGUGGUGGAGCUGUUCCCCUUCGCCGUCAACCCGGAGCAGUACACCCCGUACAAAACCCUGGCCUCCCUCCCGGGGAUGGACCUUCACUACGUCUCCUGGAGGAACACCGUGGAGGAGAACACCGUCACCCACCCAGAAAGACCCUGGGAACAGGGAGGCAUUGCUCAUUUAGAGAAGGAGGAGCAGGAGCGCAUCCUGGCGAGCAAGGACGUCCCCCGACACCUGUGCUGCCGCAACCCGGAGUGGCUCUUCAGGAUCUACCAGGACACCAGGGUGGACCUGGCCUCCUUCCUGGACGUCCUGCGGGAAGGCAUGAAGUCCAAGCCCAGCCUGAAGAAGUCCAGGGCGGCCAGCAUCGUCCACCCCGGCCGGGUCCGAGAGCCGCAGUGCCAGACCUCGGUCCAGACCAGCAGCGAGGCCAGGCUCACCGUCUCCUGGCAGAUCCCCUGGAAUCUCAAGUACCUGAAGGUUCGAGAGGUGAAGUACGAGGUGUGGAUCCAGGAGCAGGGAGAGAACACCUACAUGCCUUACAUCCUUCCCCAGCAGAACUACACCUUUUCAGAGAACAUCAAGCCCUUCACCACCUACCUGGUGUGGGUGAGGUGCAUCUUCAACAAGAGCCUCCUGGGCCCCUUCGCAGACGUCCUGAUGUGCAGGACUUAGAACAAACCCCAGACCCCUUUGUUGGAAAGCAUUUUCUCACUGCAGUCGCAGCCUUUCUUGGUCCAGAUAAUCAGAUCGGAGCAGGAGACAGUCGGAUUACAGUUUUCAAGGCCUCUUGCUCGGUGAUGUUUGUACCUGCCUUGGCUCCGAGUGGACGGAGAACCUCUACGGACCGAAACCACAGGGUCUGGAACCAAGGAACGUAGAGUUCCAGUUCUUACGUUCUUAACCACGCCUCUCUACCAACACUACCAGGACUCAGAUCAGCAGAUUUAUUUAUAUGUGAAAAAAAAAUUAAUAUAUACGGUUUUCUAGAAAUAGUUAAGACACUGGAUCUUUUACAGUAUGCAAUGUAGCUUCUUUGUGAUGCGAAGAGAUUUUGGAACAAAAGGAAUUUUUUAUGUCUUUGGUUUCCGUCCAAUGUCGUGUUUGCGUGCGUGCGUGUGCGUGUGCGCCCCAUACCUUUACCAACCCUGUUAGAUUUCAUUCAUAAUCCUUUGCGUACCAAAGUACCUGAACAGCAGACAUCCGGUGGUGUCUUGCGGUGGUUCAGGCCCCCCAGGGGGUCCCAGGCCGCUGAUUGAGAACCACAGUCGUAUCACAGCCUCGCAGUCAGCGGGAAGUGAACAGCUGGUAAAUGAACCUGCCUUGAAGACGUGGCGGAGGGUUUCCAGGAGGAUGUUUUGGAGCGCGGAGCAGCAGGUUACAUGCACUGUUUCACAACGCGUUCGCUGCCUGAAGCCUGAUUAAUAAUUAACGUGUUCCUCUGCAUUAAUGAAAUAUUUAUUUUGCUGUAAUUGGCACUAAACACUUGGACUCGUAAUUUCCUGUGGCAAGCGUCAUGCUAAGUUGUAAUUAGCGUAAAGCCGUCCCCGUCCUCCGUGCGCCUGGCGGUGUGCUGCUGGACAGCCGGGUUACUCCCAUAACGAUGUUCUGUUCAGCCUGGGAUCACACUGCCCAGCUCUGUUAUGUCUCUAACUAAUUUCUGCUGGUAUGAAGCACUGCUCUCACAUUCUAAGUGGAACUUUCAGAUAUAUCAUGUUAGAAAUUCUCCAGCUAUGAGAGUAAUUUGUAUUUGAUAACAAACAAACCAGCAGACUUGGUUAUCUUGUGCCGUCGCUGAGAUGCUUUCAGUUCUUUUCUGCAGCCACUGCUGAUUAUUUUGACACAUUGUUCCCUCUACAGUGCCUACAGAAAGUAUUCACCCCUCAGAUGUUUUCCUCUGCUGGUGCAGAAUCAUAGUUUGUGGAUUUCCAUCCCUCGUCUGCAGCAGCGGUUCAUAACCUGUGUUCCUUCACAUCUUCUUUACCGCUGAAAGCUGUGCUUGUUCUGCUCCGUCAUUGUAUUAUCAAUCCAGCUUGGUUGUCAAACAGCACCCACUAGUGGUUCUACAUGUUAACUACAUCAUUUUUAAAAGCAAAACUUUUAUGAAACGAAAACGUUUUAACAUUGUGGUUUUCUUAUCAGUUGGAUUUGCAGGGCAGUAAUCUGAUGCUCUUCUGUUCUGGUAAAUAAAUCAAACUGAGGGGAGGAUUUUCUUUCACAGCCGCUGUAGCUGCCCCGUCAGUCCAGCCUGUAUCAUAUCUCUGAGUUGUUAUUGUGCAUGACUGCAGCUGUUUGAAGCCAUCGUCGGUGUGUGUGUGUUUGUGUUAAUGUUGGUGCAUGUGUGUGUGUGACGAGUGCAACAAGCGUCUCCGUUUUCUACUUUAGCACAUCGUUUCUUUCUGAGUAACUGUGAUUGAAUAAAGAAGUUUAUUUCUUAC